CGAUCUUGAGAGACUUGAAUACGGAAUAAUUAAAUCCCAAAAACGGAGGACUCUGAAUCUCCAAUGAUACAGUUUUCCACUGCAACAGCAAGAAAGAAGGUCGUUCUCUGUCAGUCUGUCUUUCUCCCCCAAAUGUUCAUUCUCCACUUUCCUAAAUCGUGAAAAUGGCACCCAAUUCACCGUCUUUCCUCUCUCAUCUUCUCCCAAAAAGCUUGUUGUUCCACCAAACCCUAAUCCUGACCAUCACCUUCUUCGCCUACGCCUCUCUCCACGCUUCUCGCAAACCCCCUAGCAUUGUCAAAUCAGUCCUUGGGCCUGAAAUCUCCAAAAAUGGCACCACCCCACUGCAAGAUUUGGCUAAUUCAGAAAUGGGUUGGCCUCCUUUUAAUGGAACUCAAGGAACUCAUCGGUUAGGUGAGCUUGAUCUAGCAUUCUUAUCUUCAUAUGCAAUUGGGAUGUUCUUUUCUGGCCAUUUUGCUGAUACUACUGAUCUUAGGCUAUUUUUGUCAUCUGGGAUGUUGCUAAGUGGUGUUUUUACUGUGGCUUUUGGAUUUGGGUAUUGGCUUAGUAUUCAUUCUUUCUUGUAUUUUGUUAUUGUUCAGAUUCUUUGUGGUGUUUCUCAGUCUACUGGUUGGCCUUCUGUGGUUGCUGUUGUGGGGAAUUGGUUUGGAAAAUCUAAGAGAGGUCUGAUCAUGGGGGUUUGGAACUCUCACACUUCUAUUGGGAAUAUUAUGGGUUCGAUUGUCGCUUCGUCGAUGCUGAAAUUUGGGUGGGGUUGGUCCUUCUUUUGGCCUGGAUUCUUUGUGUUCUUGAUUGGGAUUCUUGUGUAUUUGUUUCUUGCUGUGAGCCCUGCGAUCAUUGGCUUGUCUCUUCCAAGCGAAAGCGAGUUGAACCCAAUUGAGGUUUCUGAUCAUGGAGAAGCUGAACAUUUGGGUCUCCUCCAAUCCAAGGAUUCCAAUUCUUUGGAAGAAGUUAAACCUCUUGAACAGGAGGUAAUCGUAUCUUCGGAUGCAAUCGGGUUUAUAGAAGCUUGGAAACUACCCGGAGUUGCAUCUUUUGCAAUCUGUCUGUUCUUUUCCAAGCUUGUGGCCUACACAUUCCUGUAUUGGUUGCCAUUCUAUAUAAGGCACACAGCUGUUGGUGGUGUGCACUUGUCUCAUGAAACUGCUGGAUUGCUGUCAACCAUAUUUGAUUUUGGUGGUGUUCUUGGAGGUAUUUUGGCUGGUUUGCUUUCUGACAAACUCGAGGCUCGGGCUAUCACUUCAGUUUCAUUUCUCCUGUUAUCAGUUCCAGCGCUGGUUCUGUACCGUGUUUAUGGGAGCAGUUCGAUGUUUGCAAAUAACAUUUUGAUGUUUCUUACGGGUUCACUUGUCAAUGGACCUUAUGCUCUCAUAACAACAGCUGUGGCUACUGAUCUUGGGACACAGACUGCAAUUAGAGGGAAUUCCCGGGCAUUGGCUACAGUUACAGCAAUCAUAGAUGGAACUGGUUCUGUUGGAGCAGCUAUUGGUCCAGUUCUAGUUGGUUAUAUCUCCACUAGUGGUUGGAAUACUGUGUUUGCAAUGCUUAUAGUUUCGAUCUUCAUAGCAGCAUUAUCCUUGGUACCUGCUGUGAAGUCUGAGCUAACAGAGAGGAAAUCUAGAAUCCAAUUGAAUGAAACAGCUCACUAAUCAGAAGUAAGGUGGCUCUCGGCCUCUCACCCCAGAUCAAAUCAACAAACAUGGAUCCUUUUAACAAUCCAUGAUUGUAUCACACAUUCACACAGACAACAAAAUUAUAUCAACAGUAGCAUUCUAUAGUGUCGCAGAUUCCAUAGUGCGAAGAGGUGUGUACAUUUUGGCUCUCUUUUCAUACAAAUACUUUCCCGCUUCAUGGGUAUUUCACAAUCACAAGGAUAGCUUCUGUUAUAUAGAACAUAGCUUAUAUCCUAUAAUGUUUAGAAUUGCAGUUUGUAUCACAUUUUUUGGAGAAUACUUAUUAGUAGAUUUGGAACUGCAUUACAUUCUUUACAGCUCUUAAUUUCUUGUAAACAUUGGACAGAUGUAUUGAAAGUUUUUCGGUAAUAAAGACAGCUCUUGAUUAUUGUCA